GGCCGGCAGCUCGCAGGCCACACAAUGCUUGGAGUUACUGUAAAAGACGUGAACCAGCGGGAGUUCGUCAGAGCUCUGGCUGUCUUCCUCAAAAAGUCCAGGAAGCUGAAAGUCCCUGAAUGGGUGGACACUGUCAAGCUGGCCAAGCACAAAGAGCUCACUCCCUACGGUAAGAACUGGUUCUACACACGAGCUGCUUCCACAGCACGGCACCUGUACCUCCGGGGCAGCGCGGGGCGGGGCUCCAUGACCAAGAUCUAUGGUGGGCGUCAGGGAAAGGGUGUCAUGCCCAGCCACUUCGGCAGAGGCUCCAAGAGCAUGGCCCGUCGGGUUCUCCAAGCCCUGGAGGGGCUGAAAAAGGUGGGAAAGGACCAAGAUGGGAGCUACAAACGCACACCUCAGGGACAGAGAGAUCUGGACAGAAUCGCCGGACAAGUGGCAGCUGCCAACAAGAAGCAUUAG